GCUUAAAGCCUAGUGAGAACUUUACCUAUUUAUUUUUUUUACAACUUUGCAAAUUGAGGUCUUUCUUGAAAACAACUAACUGUCACCAUGCGCGAGUGUAUCUCUAUCCAUGUUGGUCAAGCUGGUGUCCAGAUGGGCAAUGCCUGUUGGGAGUUGUACUGUUUAGAACAUGGUAUCCAACCCGAUGGUUUAAUGCCCAGUGACAAAACGUCAGGGGUUGCUGACGACUCGUUCAACACUUUCUUCAGCGAAACCGAUGCUGGCAAACACGUACCAAGAGCAGUUUUCGUUGAUUUGGAGCCAACCGUAGUCGAUGAAGUCCGAACUGGUACUUAUCGUCAACUCUUCCAUCCUGAACAACUCAUCACCGGUAAGGAAGAUGCUGCUAAUAACUAUGCACGAGGUCAUUACACCAUUGGUAAGGAGAUCGUCGAUAGCGUUCUCGAUAGGAUCCGAAAGCUUACCGAUAACUGCACCGGACUUCAAGGAUUCCUCAUCUUCCACAGCUUUGGUGGAGGAACCGGAUCUGGUUUUUCUUCCUUGUUGAUGGAACGAUUGAGUGUCGACUACGGCAAGAAAUCCAAACUAGAAUUUUCCAUCUACCCAGCUCCACAAGUUUCAACUGCUGUUGUCGAGCCUUACAACUCUAUCCUAACAACCCAUACCACUUUGGAGCAUUCCGACUGUGCCUUCAUGGUGGACAACGAGGCCAUCUACGACAUCUGUCGACGAAACCUCGACAUCGACCGACCAACGUACACCAAUCUUAAUCGUCUGAUUGGUCAAAUCGUCAGCUCCAUCACUGCUUCAUUAAGAUUUGACGGUGCUCUUAAUGUUGAUCUCACUGAGUUCCAAACUAACUUGGUCCCUUAUCCACGAAUUCAUUUCCCAUUGGCCACAUACGCACCGGUCAUCUCCGCAGAAAAAGCCUUCCACGAACAAAUUUCUGUAGCUGAAAUAACCAACGCCUGUUUCGAGCCAGCCAACCAGAUGGUCAAAUGUGAUCCUCGCCAUGGUAAAUACAUGGCUUGCUGUUUAUUAUACCGAGGUGAUGUUGUUCCCAAGGACGUCAAUGCUGCCAUUGCUACCAUCAAGACCAAGAGAACCAUCCAAUUCGUCGACUGGUGUCCAACUGGUUUCAAAGUCGGUAUCAACUACCAACCACCAACUGUUGUACCAGGAGGUGAUUUGGCUAAGGUCCACAGAGCAAUGUGCAUGUUAAGCAACACGACUGCUAUUGCAGAAGCUUGGGCUCGUCUUGAUCAUAAAUUUGAUCUCAUGUACGCCAAGAGGGCUUUCGUCCAUUGGUAUGUAGGUGAAGGUAUGGAAGAGGGUGAAUUCUCUGAAGCCAGAGAAGAUUUAGCUGCUCUAGAGAAAGAUUAUGAAGAAGUUGGAAUUGAUUCAAAUGAUGGCGAGGGCAAUGACGAUGGCGAUGAAUAUUAAGUAUACGAAUCUCUUCCAACCGCGAAUCUCAAUAAAAUAUGUAUUU